AUGGCGAUUCCUCAACUCUUCUUCCUCUUCUGUUACAUUGUUUUCUCUCUCGUCCCUUUUGCUUCUUCUGAAACAUUUCAAGCUUAUGAACAAGAGAUCUUGUUGUCCAUCAAGUCAGACCUGUUUGAUCCUUCAAACAAUCUCCAAGACUGGACGAGACCCGAGAAUGCCACAUCAUCAACUGCGUCGGCUCAUUGUAACUGGACCGGAGUUCACUGCGAUUCAAAUGGCUCCGUGGUUAAGCUUCUUCUUCCCAACAUGAAUCUCAGCGGAAACAUCUCGGAUCAGAUUCAGAGCUUCCCUUCACUGCAAGUCCUUGAUCUCAGCAAUAACGCAUACGAGUCUUCUCUUCCUAAAUCUCUUUUCAAUCUCACUUCCUUGAAGGUAUUCGACGUCAGCAACAACAGCUUCUUUGGAACCUUCCCUUAUGGUCUAGGAAUGGCCACUGGUCUUACACACGUCAAUGCCUCAAGCAACAAUUUUUCUGGGUUUCUCCCGGAAGAUCUCGGCAACGCAACUACACUUGAGGUUUUGGAUUUUCGAGGAGGUUACUUUGAAGGCUCGGUGCCUUCUUCUUUCAAGAAUCUCAAGAAACUCAAGUUUCUCGGUCUUUCGGGCAAUAACUUAGGUGGGAAGCUACCAAAGGUGAUUGGUGAGCUGUCUUCCUUGGAGACCAGCAUUCUUGGCUACAAUGGCUUCACAGGGGAGAUUCCAGAAGAGUUUGGGAACCUGAAGCAUCUUCAGUACCUCGAUUUGGCUGUUGGGAACCUUACCGGUCAGAUUCCAUCUUCUUUGGGGAAGCUGAAACAGCUCACAACAGUUUAUCUCUACCAGAACCGUCUCACGGGGAAGAUCCCACGAGAAGUCGGUAAUAUGACUUCUCUUGUGUUUCUUGAUCUUUCUGAUAACCAGAUCACAGGAGAAAUACCAAUGGAAGUGGCUGAGCUGAAGAAUCUGCAGCUUCUAAAUUUGAUGAGGAAUCAACUGACGGGAACCAUUCCGUCAAAGAUUGCUGAGUUGCCAAACCUUGAGGUUCUUGAGCUGUGGCAGAACUCUCUGAUUGGUUCCUUACCGGCGCAUUUAGGCAAGAGUUCGCCUUUGAAAUGGUUAGACGUCUCAUCAAACAAGCUAACAGGCGAAAUCCCACCGGGAUUGUGCAGUUUCAGAAACCUCACAAAGCUCAUUCUCUUCAACAACUCAUUCUCAGGUCAGAUUCCAAAGGAAAUCUUCUCAUGUCCGACUUUAGUUCGUGUUCGAAUUCAGAAAAAUCUCAUUUCCGGAGCAAUACCAGCCGGUUCUGGUGACUUACCAAUGCUUCAGCAUCUAGAACUCGCCAAAAACAACCUCACCGGUCAAGUUCCAGAUGAUAUAGCGUUAUCUACCACUCUCUCAUUCAUAGACAUAUCCUUUAAUCAUCUCUCAUCCCUACCUUCAGCCAUUUUCUCAAGUCCUAAUCUUCAAACCUUCUUCGCCUCACAUAACAGCUUUGCUGGAAAAAUACCUGACCAGAUUCAAGACCGCCCAUCUCUGUCUGUCCUCGAUCUUUCCUUCAACCACUUCUCAGGUGAAAUCCCAGAAAGGAUUGCUUCCUUUGAAAAACUUGUGCGUCUAAAUCUCAAGAGCAACAAGUUGGAUGGAGAAAUCCCCGAGGCAUUAGCCGGGAUGCACAUGUUAGCUGUUCUCGACCUCUCAAACAACUCCCUGACGGGGACUAUACCACGGAACUUGGGAGCUUCCCCAACACUUGAGAUGCUUAACGUGUCAUUCAACAAACUCACAGGACCCGUUCCUUCAUACGGGCUGUUUGCAGCCAUAAACCCAAACGACCUCGUGGGAAACGAUGGCUUAUGUAGUGGAGUUCUACCGCCUUGCCCUAAGAGCCUAGCUUUGUCAGCAAGAGGGAGAAAUCCAGGGAGAAUUCACUUGAAUCAUGCAAUCUUCGGGUUCAUUGUUGGCACAGCGGUCAUCGUGUCUCUGGGAAUGCCUAAGGAGGAGUGGCCAUGGAGACUCGUGGCUUUCCAGAGACUGUGUUUCACUGCAGGAGACAUCUUAUCACAUAUCAAAGAAUCAAACAUCAUUGGAAUGGGAGCCAUGGGGAUUGUUUACAAAGCAGAAGUCAUGAGACGGCCAUUACUCACAGUAGCAGUGAAAAAACUCUGGAGAUCAUCAUCACCACAGAGUGAUAUCGAAGAUCAUCAUCAUCAUCAUCAUCAGGAAGAGGAAGAAGAAGAGGACAUACUCAGAGAAGUGAACCUGCUCGGUGGUCUCCGGCAUAGAAACAUUGUGAAGGUUCUGGGUUACAUUCACAAUGAGAGAGAAGUGAUGAUGGUGUACGAGUACAUGCCCAACGGGAACUUAGGAACUGCUUUGCAUUCGAAAGAUGAGAAAUUCCUAUUAAGAGAUUGGGUCUCCCGAUACAAUGUCGCCGUCGGCGUAGUUCAAGGGCUCAAUUACUUGCACAACGAUUGCUAUCCGCCGAUCAUUCACAGGGACAUCAAAUCUAAUAACAUACUCCUCGAUUCAAACCUGGAGGCGAGGAUAGCGGAUUUCGGAUUGGCGAAGAUGAUGCUCCACAAGAACGAGACGGUAUCUAUGGUGGCCGGAUCUUACGGGUAUAUAGCGCCGGAGUACGGAUACACGCUGAAGAUUGACGAGAAGAGCGAUAUAUACAGUUUCGGGGUGGUGCUUCUGGAAUUGGUGACUGGGAAAAUGCCGAUAGAUCCUUCGUUUGAGGAAUCGAUUGACGUGGUGGAGUGGAUCCGGAGAAAGGUGAAGAAUAACGAGAGCUUGGAACAAGUGCUUGACCCAAGCAUCGCCGGAGAGUGUAAACACGUGAUCGAAGAGAUGCUUCUAGCUCUGCGAAUCGGUCUUCUCUGUACUGCGAAGCUCCCGAAGGAUAGACCAUCGAUUAGAGACGUCAUCACGAUGCUCGCGGAGGCGAAACCACGCCGGAAAAGUGUUUGCCAUGGCGCUGGAGAUAUGCCGAUUUUCAGAAACUCACCGGUGGUAGGAUUCUUCCACUCUGGAAGUGGAGAAAGGCUCCUGGAAAUGGAUGGGCGAGUGGAAAAGGAGGAUCCAGUGGAGGCAAAAGAAAUAGAACAAGAAGAAAGAUUAGAGGAACAACAGGAGGGAUUAGAGGCGAAGCUCGAGAAGGUGGAACCAAGAGGGGAGCAAAUUGAUGAAGAGAUGGAAGAUUGCAGCAAUGGAGAUGAGCCAAAAGAUGAGGAGAUGCAAGAUAUCGAUUGUAGAUCUGAAAGUUCUGUUUCUGUUUCAGAUGAAGAUGAACAAUCGCCGUCUGGAAAUGAUGAUGAGUUGGAUCUUGAGAAACCUCUGAGCGAGGAAGAAGUAGACGAGUUAAUUUCGGAUCUUUUGGGAGUAGAGAGUAAGGCUGCCGAAGCUCAAGAAGCACUUGAAAAGGAGUCUCUUUCUAAAGUAGAGAGUGAAGUUAGGGAGGAAUUAGCACAAACACUCCGUGGUGAUGAGUUGGAUAAAGCCGUGGCAGCUGAAAUGAUGACUUUUAAGGAUGAAUGGGAGGCAACUCUUGAUGAUCUGGAAACAGAAAGUGCGAACUUGUUGGAGCAACUUGAUGGUGCUGGAAUCGAGCUUCCAAAAUUGUACGAAAUGAUCGAAAGUCAGGCCCCUGGUGGUUGCUACACUGAAGCUUGGAAAAAAAGAGCUCACUGGGUUGGGACUCAGGUGACCAAAGAAACCGUGGAAUCAGUGGCUAAAGCAGAUAAUUUUCUUCACACUCACCGGCCAGUCCGAAAACGACAUGGGAAACUUUUGGAGGAGGGAGCUAGUGGGUUUCUGGAGAAAAAGUUUGCUGAUGAUCCUGUUAAAGAGGGUCUAGCUGGAACAUCUGAGCUUGACUGGCCAUCGCUCAACAAAGUUUUUUCCGAAAAAAGGGAUGAGGCUAUUUCCUUUGGUAGUAAGCAUUGGGCUUCUGUUUACUUGGCAAGCACUCCUCAACAAGCUGCAGCCAUGGGAUUAGAAUUUCCAGGAGUCAAUGAGGUGGAGGAAAUUGAAGAGAUUGAUGCAAGCUUGGCAGACCCUUUUCUUGCGGAUGCAAUAGAAAACGAAAGAGAACUUGCCCUUACCGAAGAACAAAAGAAAAAUUAUAUAAGGGUUAAAGAAGAGGAUGAUUUAAACAGUGAUCAUGAACUUCAACUUCGUUUGAAACGAAAGAGACGCAAGAAGAGAUCUAAGGCUAUCAGGCAUGCGGCAGAGAAUAGGGAUGGUGAUUCUGUGUUUUUGUAUGGGAAUUCUAUUGCCCCAAAUCUUGCUGAAGAGCAAGUAAAAAGUCCGGAGACGAGGGCUCAAUAUCAAAAUAAUGAAGUCAACAAAGAGGAAAACGGGAAUUUGUCUAAUUCAGAUGUAGAUACACAGAAUCCAGCAAACAAUUUUAGGUGUACUGCCUGUAAUAACGUAGCUGUGGAAGUGCAUAGUCAUCCCCUUUUAGAAGUAAUAGUUUGCAUGGAUUGCAAACGUUCAAUUGAAGAUAGAAUUGCUAAGGUUGAAGACUCUUUGGAACGUCAUUGUGAAUGGUGUGGUCACAUUGCUGACUUGAUAAAUUGUAGGUCAUGCGAAAGACAUUUCUGUGCGUCAUGUAUAAAGAGGAAUAUUGGUGAAGAGUACUUGUCUGAAGCUCAAUCCUCUGGUUGGGAUUGUUGUUGUUGCUCUCCAAUUCCAUUGCAAAGAUUGACACUGGAACUGGAGAAAGCCAUGGGAGAUAAGAAGUCAAUAGAUUCCAGCUCUGAUUCCAGCUCUGAUUCUAGCUCCGAUUCCAGCUCUGAUAACAAUUCUGUUGAUACAGAUGCUGAUGUCAACGUAGCAAUAAGCUCAAAGAAGAAAUCGAAAAAGAAAAUCCGGCGGAUAAUUGAUGAUGCUGAACUAGGGAAAGACACGAGAAGAAAAAUUGCAAUUGAGAAGGAACGACAGGAGCGCCUUAGAUCCUUGCAGUUUUCUGCCAGAUACAAAACAGUUGGCGCUAUGGGAGGCGUGAAAUCUAUUCCAGAAGGUGAGGAAAGUGAGGUUCUUGGUGAUGCUCACACUGGUUACAUCGUGAAUGUGGCUAGGGAGAUUGGUGAAGAAGCUGUGAGAGUUCCAUGUAGCAUAUCUUCCAAACUAAAAGUCCAUCAGGUAACAGGGAUUAGAUUUAUGUGGGAAAAUAUUAUUCAGUCUAUCAAUAGAGUGAAGUCUGGUGAUAAAGGUCUUGGGUGCAUUCUAGCACAUACAAUGGGUUUGGGGAAAACUUUCCAGGUUAUAGCGUUCCUUUACACCGCAAUGAGAUGCGUUGAUUUGGGGCUGAAAACUGCUCUUAUUGUGACUCCUGUAAAUGUGUUGCAUAAUUGGCGAAGUGAGUUUAUGAAGUGGAGGCCUUCAGAAGUGAAACCACUUCGCAUCUUCAUGCUUGAAGACGUUUCAAGGGAGAGGAGAUUGGACUUGCUAACGAAGUGGCGAAAUAAGGGCGGAGUCUUCUUGAUGGGAUAUGCCGCUUUUAGAAACCUCUCUCUUGGGAGGGGGGUGAAGGAUUUAAAUGCGGCCAAAGAAAUCUGUAGUGCGUUGAGGGAUGGACCUGACAUACUUGUUUGCGAUGAGGCUCACAUUAUCAAGAACACCAGAGCUGAUACAACCCAAGCAUUGAAGCAAGUUAAAUGCCAGAGAAGAAUUGCCUUAACUGGGUCACCCCUUCAAAACAAUCUCAUGGAAUAUUAUUGUAUGGUUGAUUUUGUAAGAGAAGGAUUCCUGGGAAGCAGCCCUGAGUUUAGAAAUCGGUUUCAAAAUCCAAUAGAAAAUGGACAGCAUAUGAAUUCAACUGCGGAGGACGUGAAAAUUAUGAACCAGAGAUCACACAUCCUGUAUGAGCAAUUGAAAGGAUUUGUGCAGAGAAUGGAUAUGAAUGUUGUGAAAAAGGAUCUGCCACCUAAAACAGUCUUCGUAAUAUCUGUCAAGCUAUCGCCGUUGCAGAGGAAACUGUAUAAGAGAUUUCUGAGGCUGUAUGGGUUCAGCGAUGGACGAGCAGAUGAAAAGAUGAGGAAAAACUUUCUUGCUGCUUACCAGGUCUUGGCUCAGAUUUUGAAUCAUCCAGGAAUUCCGCAAUUAAGAAGAGAAGAUAGCAAAUCCGGUCGCCGUGGUAGCAUUGUUGAUAUGCCAGAUGAGUGUUCAAGUGAUGAAAAUAUAGACUGCAACAUGGUUUUGGGAGAGAAACAGAGAACUAUGAGUGAUUUGCAGGAUAAAGUUGAUGGCUACCUCCAAAAGGAUUGGUGGGUCGACCUACUUCACAAAAACAAUUAUCAGGUGGCGGACCAUAGUGGCAAAAUGAUGUUGCUGUUGGAUAUUUUAUCCAUGUGUGUUGAUGUGGGUGAUAAGGCGCUCGUGUUUAGCCAUAGUAUCCUUACAUUGGAUCUCAUAGAACUUUAUCUUUCAAGAGUACCUCGUCAUGGCAAACAAGGAAAGUUCUGGAAAAAGGGAAAAGACUGGUAUAGAAUUGAUGGAAAAACCGAAAGCUCAGAACGCCAGAAGUUGGUUGAUAGGUUCAAUGAGCCUGAAAACAAAAGAGUGAAAUGCACUCUAAUCUCAACCAAAGCGGGGUCCCUUGGAAUAAAUCUUACUGCUGCUAACCGUGUGAUCAUUGUUGAUAGUUCAUGGAAUCCAACACAUGAUCUUCAAGCUAUAUUUCGAGUUUGGAGGUAUGGCCAAAAGAAGCCAGUAUUUGCGUACAGGUUGAUGGCACGUGGGACCAUUGAAGAAAAGAUGUAUAAACGAACGGUGACCAAGGAGGGCCUUGCUGCGAGAGUGGUAGAUAGACAACAAGUGUCCCGUACCAUCUCCAAAGAAGAGAUGUUACAUCUUUUUGAAUUUGACGAUGAUGAUGAGAAAUCCGACAAUGUAACAGAGAAUUCACAGAAACAGAAGGCUGCUUUAUCUCGUGUCGGUUGCUACUCUGACAAAUUGAUGGAGAACUUACUACAGAAACACAACCCCAACUGGAUUUCCAGUUUCCAUGAGCACGAGACUUUGCUACAAGAGAAUGAAGAUGAAAGACUGACAAAGGAAGAAAAAGACAUGGCCUGGGAAGUUUACAGGAGAGGGCUUGAGUGGGAAGAAGUUCAACGGGUCCCACUCAGUGAAGCUCCGGUGCUUCAAAAACCUCCACCAACCGCACCUCUUCGCCAGCCGAUGGGGUUCAACAGAAGUCGUUUUGUGAACCGCAGCUGCACCAGAAUCGCGCAUCAGCUUACACUUAUAACCCAAGGAAUAAAAGUUGGUAGCAGCACGGUCUGUGGGGAGUGUGGGCGUUGGAUAACGUGGGAAGACGUUACACCGGCAUCCAAACCUCCAGAGGUAAACUAA